GAUUGGAGUAACGGAGCCGUGUCAUGGUGCUUUGGAGCUCACUCUGCAGGUCAAGGGCUCCUUGCCCCGAUGGUUCUGGCCUCUUGCCGGUCUGCUUCUGGGCGUGGUUGCUUAUGCGAACUUCUCGGGUUCACAAGAAGCCGUCUUGUGUUCGCAGGCGUAUGUUGCGGCCUUUCAUGCCGGCGCCAUGUUUUUCCAUUGGCGCCUCCAGCAUCACCCCGUGUCGGUUCUGGCCCCUGGCCUCUUCGUACCCCUCGCGGCGGUUGUGAUCUAUCUUCGGCUCCAAAGCCUCCUUUGGGCUCUCUUGGGGACCUCUGCUUCUGCAGGGGUUGGAGUGGUCUUGGGCUCCCUGCUCGUGCGGCCACGAGACGAGCCCCUCCUCCAGUGA